AUGUACCAAGAAUCAUCAUGUACUGAUGAGGUUUGUUCUGGAUUACUUUUGGAUUUUUACACAGGGAUGGUGCACUUACCAAAGGGAAUCCUAUCAGACAUCCUUGUUCGGCUUCCAAUCAAGUCGGUUUCGCGAUUCAGGUGCGUAGACAAAGCAUGGUGCAAGUUACUGAGAACUCCUGAUUUUCUUAAAAUGCGUCAGAAACAUGCUAUAGAAAAGAAUGUGGAUGUUGGUCUCAUGCUUCAUCAUUACAAUGAAAUUUGUAUUUUAAAUUAUGAUUCAUCAUCGUCUAUUUGCAUUGUGAAAAACCAAGGUAAAUUUAACCAUGAUAAUAUUGAGUUUUUUGGAUGUUGUAAUGGCCUGGUACUUCUAAGGCGUGUUAAUAAGGAUUGCUCGUACAUCAUUACCCUUUGGAAUCCAGCUACCGACGAAUAUAGGAAUUUACCGCAUCCGUUAUAUGAAUUUGAGGACCAAAUUGAGGAUAUCGAGUAUGGAAUUGGUUAUGAUAACCGGCUUGAGGAUUAUAAAGUGGUAAGUAUUGCGUUACCUGACGAAGAUCACAUUGAGGUUCAGGUCUAUACAUUAAAAUCCAAUUCAUGGAGGAGACUUGAGAAUUCGAACUUGUUGUACUGUGUUGAUCAACUUAUUAAUCGAGGCACAGCAGAUAUGUCUCGACUGCCUGUUGAUGGAGCUAUUUACUGGAUAGCAGAAACUGAAACUAAGACUUCGCCAUCCGUAGACUAUGAAGUAAUUGUUUCUUUUGAUAUCGAGACAGAGCAGUUUGAUGAAAUGCCGUUCCCUGACUUGUUCGAUGAAAGUUAUGACACGAAUUUGUGUGUUUUAGGAAGAUCUCUUUGCUUACUUGGUGUCAAUACUGACAUAAUGGCAACUGCAAGAUGA